AUGAACAAGAUGAAGAACUUCAAGCGGAGGUUUUCCCUCUCGGUUCCCCGAACAGAGACCAUCGAGGAGUCGCUGACGGAGUUCACGGAGCAGUUCAACCAGCUCAACAACCAGAGGAAUGAAGUGCUUUCAUGGUGCAUUCAUGACCCGCUGCUCUGUCCCUCCCUGCAGGAUGUCAGCAAGCGCCUCUCCCUGCCCAUGGACAUCCGCCUGCCCCCCGAGUUCCUGCAGAAGCUGCAGAUGGAGAGCCCGGAGUUCCCCAAGCCCCUCAGCAGGAUGUCCCGACGGGCUUCCCUGUCAGAUAUUGGGUUUGGGAAGCUGGAAACCUAUGUUAAACUGGACAAACUGGGAGAGGGCACUUAUGCCACUGUCUUCAAGGGACGCAGCAAGCUGACUGAGAACCUGGUUGCCCUGAAGGAAAUCCGCUUGGAGCACGAGGAAGGGGCACCUUGCACAGCCAUACGGGAAGUGUCACUGCUGAAGAACCUGAAACACGCCAACAUCGUCACCCUGCACGACAUCAUCCACACGGAGCGGUCCCUCACCCUCGUCUUCGAGUACCUGGACAACGACCUCAAGCAGUACCUCGAUAACUGCGGGAACCUGAUGAGCGUGCACAAUGUGAAGAUCUUCAUGUUCCAGCUGCUGCGGGGUCUGGCUUACUGCCAUGGGAGGAAGAUCCUGCACCGAGACCUCAAACCCCAAAACCUGCUCAUCAACGAGAGAGGGGAGCUCAAGCUGGCUGACUUCGGACUAGCCAGAGCCAAGUCAGUCCCUACGAAAACAUACUCCAAUGAGGUGGUCACGCUGUGGUACCGGCCCCCCGAUGUCCUGCUGGGAUCUACCGAGUAUUCCACACCCAUCGACAUGUGGGGCGUUGGGUGCAUCCACUACGAGAUGGUCACCGGGCGGCCCAUGUUCCCCGGCUCCACCGUGAAGGAAGAGCUGCACUUGAUCUUCAGGCUGCUGG